CCUCCUUUACUCUUCAGUCUUCACCUCCAUUUCUCUCUCCUCCAUGGCUGACAAGAGGAAGCGCCGCCGACCGGACCUGAGCUCCGACGACGACGGUGAAGUCCACAUCCCUUUCAAGAACCGCCUGAAGCCCGACGCCGCCAUUAUCAAAACCCUCGAAGGCAUCACCGCCUCCCUCCGCUCCUCUUCCUCGUCCUCCUCCAAAACCCUAACCCUAAACGACCUCUCCCUCGCCAACGCCUGCCGCGAGGUCACCGACCUCUCUCUGGCCUCCGUCCAGUGCUCGAUCGAGUCCCUCGUCCUCUCCAUCGCCCGCUCCAUCCUCGCCGGCGAAGGCUUCUCCUUCUCCGUCCCCUCACGCGGCGCCGCGAACCAGCUCUACGUCCCCGAGCUCGACCGGAUCGUCCUCAAAGACAAGUCCUCUCUCCGCCCUUACGCCAACAUCUCCACCGUACGGAAGACCUCCAUUACCACCAGGAUCCUCCAGCUCGUCCACCAGCUUUGCCUCAAGAACAUCCAUGUCACCAAGCGUGACCUCUUCUACACCGACGUCAAGCUCUUCCAGGACCAGACACAGUCUGAUACGGUCCUCGAUGAUGUCUCCUGUAUGCUUGGUUGUACUCGUUCGAGCCUCAAUGUUAUUGCUGCCGAGAAAGGUGUGGUUGUGGGGCGUUUGAUUUUCAGUGAUAAUGGUGAUAUGAUUGAUUGUACUAAGAUGGGAAUGGGUGGGAAGGCGAUCCCGCCGAAUAUCGAUCGGGUUGGGGAUAUGCAGAGUGAUGCACUGUUCAUUCUGUUGGUUGAGAAGGAUGCUGCUUACAUUAGGUUGGCUGAGGAUAGGUUCUACAAUCGGUUUCCUUGCAUAAUUGUGACGGCAAAGGGGCAGCCAGAUGUAGCGACGAGACUGUUCUUGAGGAAGAUGAAGAUGGAGCUCAAGCUCCCGGUGCUUGCUCUUAUGGAUAGUGAUCCAUACGGGUUGAAGAUCUUGUCAGUUUAUGGUUGUGGAUCGAAGAACAUGUCGUAUGACAGUGCAAACUUGACCACACCAGAUAUCAAGUGGUUAGGGAUCAGGCCGAGCGAUUUGGACAAGUAUAAGAUACCGGAGCAGUGCAGGCUGCCAAUGACCGAGCAGGAUAUUAAGACAGGGAAGGAUUUGUUGGAGGAGGACUUUGUGAAGAAGAAUCCAGGGUGGGUUGAGGAGCUGACUUUGAUGGUGAAGACUAAGAAGAAGGCAGAAAUUCAGGCGCUGAGCUCAUUUGGGUUCCAGUACCUGUCUGAGGUCUAUUUGCCACUGAAGUUGCAGCAACAAGAUUGGCUUUGAGGGCUGUGAAUUUUUUUACUUAUUGUUGGUAAGUCAUGUAAUGACUAGUUCAUUUUGCUUAACUGAUGCCAAACUGUUCUUAUGUUAAUGUAUCUGCUCUUAAAUGAAUAAUAGCAACAUUUUGAGUUUAGUCUGUUUGGUUUUGCUAA